AUGUCAACUAUCUCUUCGCCGCGUCCCUCGAUCGCCUCAUCGCGAGGAGGCCCCUCCCCGACUCCUGCGUCCUCACGUCGUCCGUCCGUCGACACCUUGAAUACCAAUAUCGGCGGCAGCCUCAGCGCAGCCUCUACCCCGUCGACAGCUCGAGCGGUCUCUCCUUCACUUCACCCGCGCCGCAAUCGGACAGCUCUUCGUGACUACUACAAUCUAAAGCCAUCUGCAGCCGAUCCAACUGGCAAUGCGCGCUCCCGUAGUUUACCGCGACACCCCGACGCCGGUGAGAUCGCCAGUCCGUCCGUGGUGACGACAGGGACCGAACUGGACAACCCGGACUUCGACCCCCAGCACUACGUCAAUCACCUAUUGGCUACAUCUUCCCUGUCCAUGAUUCUGAAGGCGGAAAACACUCUUGUGGGCGAUAUCCGCACGCUUGACGGCGAGCGCAAGGCUCUAGUGUACGAUAACUACUCUAAGUUGAUCCGGGCGGUCGAGACAAUUGGCAAGAUGCGACAGAGCAUGGAUGAGCGUGGAGCUCCGUUGACCAUGACGAAGACGUUGGGGCCUGCCAUUGCCUUCGUGGCGGAGACUGCUGGCGGUCUGAUCCAGGAGGGCGAGGAGCUCCGGCAACGAAUGAGAGACGCGAAAGCGAUGGCUGAAGCUCAGAGCAGGAAGGCAGAAAAGGACACGGUCAGAUGGGUUAUUGCGGCACCUGACCGACUAGAGAGGCUCGUUGCAGAGGGGAAGAAGGAGGAAGCCGAGAAGGAUUGGGAGGAGGUGCGCAACCUGCUUGAGAAGUGGCCGGGGGUCAAGGGUGUCGUUGAAGUCCGUGAAGCCUGCGAAAAAGUUAUGGAAAGGGAGACGGAAGCCGCUUGA